CUGCACAUGCGCGGUGCAGACCGGGGGUCCUGGUUAGGUCGGGCAGUGACGCUGGUUUCUCUUCAGCAUGGCAGUGCGCGGUUCGGGGCGCAGACUUCGGUUUCGGGCGCCGUUUCAGUACUGCGCGGUGUAGAGAGCAGGGCACGGGACUCACACAGCGUCGGGAAAUGUGCGCAGACCCCUUCAGCUCGCGCCGCGGGAACGCUUCCUCACUUCCUGUAGAGUAAUUGGAUGUUGUGCAGCGGCUCGCGGAUCCUCCACUGAACAGAAGACACAUCCCGAGCUUUCUGCGGGGCUGUGCGGGUUCUGAGUGAGUUAAACAUAUUCUAGUGUAGCACGGUUUGGUAGGGUAGCAGAACUUGACAGAACACCGGUUCGUGUGCCGGAGACGGAGCUGUGUUGUCCGGGUCAGACACCGAGAUCACUCUACCCGCUGGAGCUGCGCAGGGUGGUAAACCAUCAGGUGUUCUGCAAUGGGAAUCAUAGGAACCAACUUUACCAAUGCGUGUACUUCUAUAAAACAGCAGUGCAUCAGUUACAUCACAUCAGAGACAAACAAGUGGACAGAGGACCAUGGCUCUGAAUGAAGCAUCCAGGGAUGAGCUGCCAUUCAAAAAAGAUGACCCACUAAACACCUCAGCUGCAAAAACUCUCACAUCCUGCGUCAACUUUAGCUCCACCAGUAAAGCUGUUUCAGACACAAAUGAGGAGGUAGAGCUGGGACCAAUAGCUUCUGACACAGAACCUCUGCAACUGUCACAACUGACACCACCAAGCCAAAAUGGAGGUAUCAGGCAGAAUGGCUCCUUCCGACCACUGUCUUUCUCCUCCUCCUCAUCAGCAUCUUCAUCACAUCACACAGACCCUCAUAGACUGGCUAAGCUGUUGCCAAGUUCUUUUCCACCACCUUGUUGUGUCCACUGUCCCUUUCAUGAGCCUGUUUGCUGCAGCGGGAGCCAGCAAGAAGGCAGACAUUUUCAGGGGCCUUUGCCCUCAAGGUCCUUUCACAUGGGCCCCUGCUGUAUACAGGCCACCCCUACUUUCUGUAUGUACCACCAUCACUUUCAGGAGCACUUUCAGAAUCAACCCAACACGGCCACGUUAAGUGCUUCAAGGCCUUUUCGCUUCCCUAAAAGUUAUGCAGAGCUAAUUUCUGACUGGCCUGUGGUGGUGCUUGGUGUGUGUACAGUGCUGAUUGUGAUGUGUACAUUGGUAGGCAUCCUAGUGCCAGACCUGCCAGACUUCUCUGAUCCUUUACUGGGCUUUGAACCAAGGGGUACUGCAAUAGGUCAGCGACUUGUCACAUGGAACAACAUGGUGAAAAACACAGGCUACAAAGCAACUUUAGCCAACUACCCUUUCAAAUAUGCAGAUGAGCAAGCCAAAAGUCACCAAGAAGACAGGUGGUCAGAGGAUCACAAUGAAAGAGAUAAAAGGCAAGCAGAAUGGGAUUUCAGUAAAGACAGUUUCUUCUGUGAUGUUCCAGGUGACAGCUACUCUAGAAUUGUUUUUGCCUCUGCUGAAGGGAAGAACUUGUGGAAUAUACAAGCUAUAAAAUCCAUGUGCAAUUUUGACAAUACCAGGGUUCGCUCUCAUCCCCAGUACUGGAGUUUGUGUCAGCGCACCACAGCUGCUUCCUGUUGUCCUAGUUGGACCCUUGGCAACUACAUUGCAGUACUCACCAACAAAUCGUCCUGCCAAAAGAUAACAGAACGAGAUCUGUCCCACACCUUCAAGGUUCUGCGCUCCUGUGCAAAGUACUACUUUAAUGGUACCUUGGGUCCAGAAUGCUGGGAUAUGACUGCCCGUAGGAAGGACCAGCUUAAGUGCGCUAGUGUUCCCAGAAAGUGCACCAAAUACAACGCUGUAUAUCAGAUUUUCCACUUCUUGGUGGACAAAGAUUUUCUUAAUCCAAAAAACACUGACGUCCUUCCACCAGCACUCAAAUACAGCAUGUUGUUCUCUCCCACGGAGAAAGGUGAAACUAUGAUGAAUAUUUACCUGGAUAACUUUGGGGACUGGAACUUUACAGAUGGAGUCACUACUGUGGCUGGCAUAGAGUUUGGUAUCAAAAAUAAUUUGUUUCAAGAGUACCUUCUUAAAGAUACUGUGUAUCCUGCAAUAGCAAUUGUGAUUGUUCUAGUGGUUAUGUGUAUAUAUACGAAAUCAGUUUUUAUUACCAUCAUGACCAUGUUUGCCAUUAUCAGCUCCCUGAUUGUGUCCUACGUUCUUUAUCGGGUAGUCUUCAACUUUGAGUUCUUCCCUUUUAUGAACCUUACAGCACUCAUUAUUCUUGUUGGAAUUGGUGCUGAUGAUGCCUUUGUCUUAUGUGAUGUCUGGAACUACACAAAGAUUGACAAGCCCAACUCUGAGCUUUCAGAAACUGUUAAUAUCACUCUUCAACAUGCAGCGUUGUCAAUGUUUGUCACCAGCUUUACAACUGCGGCUGCCUUCUAUGCUAAUUAUGUCAGCAACAUCACAGCCAUUCGUUGCUUUGGUGUAUAUGCUGGCACUGCCAUUCUUAUCAAUUAUUUUCUUAUGGUAACCUGGCUGCCUGCCAUUGUAGUCCUACACGAGCGAUACUUUCUCAACCUCUUCAUAUGCCUCAGGCCUCCACCUCAUCAAUUUUUUAGUGCCACACGCCUUCUGUCAAAUCUUUGUCAGAAAGUAAGUAGGUCUUUGCGUAUUAUUUCAAAGACCUCCCGCAUAUUCUUUGAAAAAGUAUUGCCAUGUAUUGUUAUGAAGCUGCGCUACCUGUGGCUCUUCUGUUUCCUUACAUUCACAGUUGGUGGGGCAUAUAUCGUCUGUGUGAACCCCAAGAUGAAGUUGCCUUCAUUGGAGCUGUCAGAAUUUCAAGUGUUUCGAUCCACACAUCCUUUUGAGCGCUAUGAUGCAGAAUACAAAAAACUUUUCAUGUUUGAACGUGUGCAUCAUGGAGAAGAUUUGUACAUGCCUAUAACUAUUAUAUGGGGUGUUACUCCAACAGACAAUGGGGAUCCCUUAAACCCUAAAAAUAAAGGCAAACUGAUUCUUGAUACCAGCUUUAACAUUGCCAGCCCUGCCAGCCAGAUGUGGAUUCUUAACUUCUGUCAGAAGCUUAGAAAUCAAAGCUUUGUGUUUCAGUCUAAUGAGCAGGACUUCACCAGCUGCUUUAUGGAGACUUUUAAGCAAUGGAUGGAAAACCAAGACUGUGAUGAGGCUCGAGUCUACCCUUGUUGCAGCCAGUCAACAUUCCCCUACAAACAGGAAGUAUUUGAGUUGUGUAUCAAGAGGGCCAUUAUGGAGCUAGAUCGCAGCACCAUUUAUCACUUGGACAGUAAGACUCCAGGACCAAGAUUUGACAUUAACGAUACCAUUCGUGCCAUUGUACUUGAAUUUCAGAGUACUUACCAUUUUACUCUUGCAUAUGAGAAGAUGCAUCAGUUUUACUAUGAGGUAGACGCCUGGAUCCAGGAGGAGUUGAGGAGUGCUCCAGAAGGUUUAGGCUAUGGCUGGUUUGUCAGCAACUUGGAGUUUUAUGACCUUCAGGCCAGUCUUUCAGAUGGCACACUUAUUGCCAUGGCAUUGUCUGUGAUGGUUGCCUUCAGCGUUAUGCUUCUGACAACCUGGAAUAUCAUUAUUAGUUUCUAUGCAAUCAUUUCAAUUGCUGGAACCAUUUUUGUGACUGUGGGAUCAUUGGUGCUUCUAGGCUGGGAAUUAAAUGUUCUGGAGUCAGUCACCAUCUCCGUUGCUGUAGGACUUUCUGUGGACUUUGCAGUGCAUUAUGGUGUAGCAUAUCGGCUUGCUCCAGAACCGGACAGAGAGGGGAAGGUUGUUUUUUCCCUGAGCAGGAUGGGUUCAGCCAUUGCUAUGGCCGCACUCACCACCUUUGUUGCUGGGGCAAUGAUGAUGCCAUCCACAGUCCUAGCGUACACUCAGCUUGGCACUUUUUUGAUGCUAAUUAUGUGCAUCAGUUGGGCUUUUGCUACAUUUUUCUUCCAGUGCAUGUGUUGCUGCCUUGGUCCUCAGGGCACCUGUGGACAGAUCCCUAUGCCCAAGGCAUAUAAGUGUCAUGCUUUUAAAGCAAAUCCCUCGGAUUCCUCCUGCCGUCACGACCAAGGAAAACACUGCCAGUCAAGCAAGUAUCAGGCAGAUAGCAGAAAAGGAGAAGUUGAUUAUGAACUUCAGCCUUUGGCAACCAGUGUUAAAAAUAUUGAAAAGACUGAAGAACAAGAGGAAGAAGCAUGUACAGAACUAUCCAGUGGGAGACUUCAUCAUGCACCUUGCUUUCAAUUUAAAAGCAAAAACGAAAACACUGGCCCUGACAAUGCCAUACCAGUUACAGAUUCAGCACUUUUGCAACAGUACAAUGCUAGGAUUUGUGGGGAUUCUUUACCUCAGCAUAUAUUGGGUACACAGUGGAACAUUAACCACCCUUGUAUUCAAGCAAGAGAGUCUUCAUGCUCACCUUCACAUUAUUCAUUUGCUGGUAAUCAUGUAGCCAAAAGUCAGAGUAUCUUGUCUACUCUUGAUAUGACCCACAACAAUCUCCUCAACUAUGUCAAGUGUGCCCCCGCCCGCUUCCAUCAAUGUUCCAAGACUCAAACCCCGCGAUCGGGCCACCUUAAAUCCCACGCCUGCUACCUUAAGGGAUACGGAUUACAUUCACUGAACCUUCAGCCUCAGACUCACCCAACUGAUGCUUCAGAACUGGAUGGAUCCCGCCCAUGUAAUUGCAGUCUUUCGCCACCUGAGGACCCUUCGGUUCUGUCCAGUUUUCCAACAAAUGACUGCGGCACCUUACCUCAAACACCCAGAACAUGUAUAAAACAAAAGUCAGGUGACCAAACACUGAAUCCCAAAGUCUUUCAGGACACAGCGUGUAACCAAAAAAAAACAAAUGUGACAAAUGACACUUGUGAAUCUGUGCAGAGUCACCAUGAAGAGCUGAAGCCUGCUUCUACCACAUUGGACACCAGUGUCCAAUGCAGUCAAGAUCAAAAAGACAUUUCUGAGAGAGCUGAUUCUUUGAAACCAUUAAACUACUUUAACAGGACUAUGAAACUGAAGUGCAAUUCUGUAGAGUUUCAUAAACUUAAAAUUGAUGCAAAUGUGCCUGUCCUUGCCAUUAAUUCACAGCCCUCAUCUGAAAGUUUAUGCUGAUGGUCAGAAUUAAAAAAAAAAUCUGACAGUAAAGAAUUUGAAGAUAUACAGUACAUGUUCUGUGCAAUUACUCUUCAAAUAAAUGUGUAAACAUCACUGUUUUUUGUUUUUCCUACAUAAAUAUCUUGUUUUAGAGUUCUGAAGUUUUAAGGGUGUUCUACAUUUUAAAACAGGAAUCACCAGCGCUGUUUCUUGAGAGAAACGCCAAACACUAACCUGAUCCAUCUAAUUUCUUUCUCCAGCAUUGGUGAUCUGUUGAAUGGGGUGUGUUAAGCUAGGGAUAUAUUUGCUGAUUGGCCAUGUGUUGUUUUUUUUUGUUUGUUUUUUUUUUUGCUUUUUUGUUUUUUACUAAAUUUAUUUUAUUUUUAUUUUUUUAGAUCAUUUCCUCAUGAUGCUGGCCAACUUGUAGUAAAAUUACCUAUACCAUUGGCUGAUCAGAUAAUGUAAGUUUAGCAUAAGCUAAUGACUUAAGCUAAUUUAUGAUGCCUAAAUCCAAAUAAAAUGUGAGUUUGGUCAGCUUAAUUAGCUUUCCAAGAUGGUGGCUAAUUUCACUAAGCAAAUGUCUAUGAUUUAGGGCUCAUCCCCAGUUGGGAAGUGUUUGGUUUUUUUAUUGAAAUACAAAUUAUUGCUUCUUAUUAAUAAAGACUAUACAUGUUGCAUUGUU